AGCAUACCAUACGCAGAGACUAAAGGCCUCAAAAUGGAAGAAUGGAGUGAAAUAACACAGAACACGGAGAGAGCGUCAUCGAAAGCGAUUUUAUAAAUAACUUCAUUUUUAUGUGUGUUGUGUAAAAUUAAAUCUGCGGGGAAACUUAAUCAGCGCUGCUGUUCCUGUAGAGCAAGCUGUGAUAAACAGUUAAUGAUGGAGCCAUCAGAGGACACUGGAUCACAAUGGGCUUCCCAGGAGGUCAACCCUGUGUUCCUGCAGCAGCUCAGAGAGCUGGACAUCCCUGAGGAGGCAGCAAAACAGGCACUACUGCACACUCGGAACGUGUCGGCUGAGGAGGCGGCCAUGUACUACUUCAACAAACUGGAGAAUGAGGAGGAGGGGGACGAGGACCUCUUGUUCAAGAUGGUGUUUGUGGUUAACAUGGACCUCGGCAUGGGUGUUGGAAAGAUUGCUGCCCAGGUGGGCCACGCGGCAGUGGGUUUGUACCAGGCUCUACAAGAGAAGAACAGCUGGCGGGAGAUGGCCUGGAAGUGGGACCAGAGCGGGGCCAAGAAGGUGGUGCUCCAAGGCACUAACGUGGCCCACCUGCUGGAGCUGCAGGCCCUGGCCCUGAGCCUCAACCUGCCCACCUACCUGGUCCAGGACGCAGGUCUCACCCAGGUGGAGUCCGGCUCCCGCACCGUCCUGGCCAUCAUGGGAGCAGAAGAGAUGGUGAACAACGUCACCGGCAGUCUGAAGCUGCUUUGAGUUCUUUGGAGACAAGUAUCUGCAGUGGCACACAACCACCAGGAGGGGGCAGCCUUUCUUAGCAGCAGGAGAACUGCAGUCAAGCAUGAGCUAAAAACCUUUAAGAAUAAUAAUAAAAAAAAAUGUAAAAACAAAAAAAACAACCCAGAAAACACCUCCUCCCUCAGCUCCAUUCCUCUUUCCUUCUCUUUUCCCCUCAGCUGCUUAAUCGGACAUUCCUGGGAGACCACCUACUAGCAAAAGAAUUGAUUCCUUUGGUUCAUUUUUCUCCCUCAAAUGGUAACAGUUCAAUACAAAGUAACUGAUGGGAUGUUCACAUGAAGAUUUUAAUGGUGGUGUUUGUGUACAGCUGAAGUUCCCUGUUAAUAUCAUUUCUGGUGUUAUGGUUGUGUACAUGUUUUGGUUUUUUUUUUUUCAUGGCCAUGUGAUGUGCCAUUUUUAUCAAAAUAAGAAGUAAAUCUUCCAUUCUGAUUUCCACCUCCCGCUCCAGCUUAACGUUUAAAGAAGCCACAACCUGGCACCAGAGCUUACCCUGCAAACAUUUGGACUCGCUCUAAAUACUGCUGCCAUGAAUGGUGUGUUUAGGUUCUUUGGGGGAGGGGAAUAAAAAAAAAGUAUUUGUGGGGCGUAAAAAAUAAUUUAUGGGUUGCCAGGCCAGUGUUGUUGAUUAUAUUGUCACAAUGUACAUUGAAACUACAAUGUUUGUUCUGUAGUGUUAAAAUGCAUGAGAUACAAAAUGUUACAAUAUGAAUGAUAAAAUUGACAUUUGAAGACCGUGGUGUACUAUUCAUAGCUUUGUUGUGUCAGACAGGUGAUCAUUAAAACACCUCAACAUUACAA